AUGAAGCCCUGGUGCGUCCUUGCGUGUCUUUGGUUGGCGUGUUCCCUCCGCGAUGCGCUCUCCUGUCCGAGUUCUUGUAAAUGCUACAGAAGAAGCGAGAUGGUGUGCAAUCAGGUUCCUCUGACGGAGCUUCCCUCCGAGGGUCUGCCGGAGAACCUCACCCAGCUGACCAUCCAGUUCACGAACAUCUCCUCCAUCUCGGAGAGGCAUCUGAACGCCACGCCGCUGCUGCAGGAGCUCCAUCUGUUCGCCAACCAGCUGCAGAGCCUGUCCCCCCACCUGCUGCGGGGGCUUCCCCACCUCCACACGCUGGAGCUGACGGGGAACAAGCUCGGCGACCUGCCGGCGUCCGUCUUCAGCCACGCGCCUCUGCGCAGCCUGGUGCUGAAGAACAACCUGAUCCAGAAAGCCGAGGCCGACUGGAUUUCCGGCGACAGCAACCUGACCUGGUUGGACCUAUCAGGGAACCUCCUGACGAAGAUCCCCACCGCCCUGCUGCGGCAGCUGCCCCACCUGGAGAACCUGGACCUGUCCAACAACCGCCUGGAGAAGAUCCCGGCCGACGCUUUGGCCUCGGCCACCAAGCUGGAGAGGCUGAACCUGCAGAACAACAAGCUGGACGAACUGGACGCGUCGGCUUUUCAGAGCAUGCGCAACCUCACCUACCUGUUCCUCACCCGGAACAGGCUGGAAAAACUCCCCCAGGACCUCUUCCGGGGUCUGGCCCGGCUCGAGCACCUCAGCCUGGAAGACAACCAGCUGAGCCACAUCCCGCCGGGCCUGCUGGACCCGCUGGACUCGCUGAUGGAGGACGGCCUGGACCUGACGGCCAACCCCUUCCUGUGCGAUCAGAGCGCGCAGUACCUGUGGCGCUGGCUCCAGAAGAACAAGAAGAAGGUUUUCCUCCCGGAGACCGUCACGUGCGCCAGACCUCCGUCUCUGGCGGGACGCUCGGUGCUGUCGCUGACCGAGGCUGAGCUCGGUCUCCAUCUGUUAGAGAUGAACCUGUGGCUGCUUCUGGUUUUUGCCGCCCUGGCUGAAUGCGACGUCUGCCCACACCUGUGCUCUUGCUCGUUCCCGCCGUCGGGAGCGGAGGUGUCGUGCAGCCACGGCUCCAUGAACCAGUUCCCGUCGGACGGCCUGCCUCCCAACGCCACCCGGCUCUCCGUUCAGUCCACGGGCCUCAGCCGGGUCACGGCCGGCGACCUGCUUCCUCUGCCGGGUCUGAAGACGCUCCAGCUGUACCGCAACAACCUGACGGGUCUGGAUUCAGACCUCCUGUCCGGCGUCGCCCAUCUGGAGUCGCUGGACCUGACGGGAAGUCGGCUGGUUGGUCUUCCUGCGCGGAUCUUCGACCGCGCUUCGCUCCGCAGUCUGGUGCUGAAGGACAACCUGCUGGAGCGAGCGGAGGCGGAGUGGUUCCCUCUCAACAGCAGCGUCACCUGGCUGGAUCUGUCCGGGAACCGUUUAUCCAGCGUCCCAGAGGAGAUGUUUCAGAGGCUGCCCCGUCUGGAGAAUCUAGAUUUAAGCCAUAACGACCUGCAGGAGCUCCGACCGCAGGCGCUGGAGCCCCUGCACCACCUGGAGACGCUCAACCUCGCCGGCAACAAGCUGAUCUCCCUAAAACCUGAGAGCUUUUCUCACAACCUGAGGCUGUCGCAGCUCUUCCUGCAGGAGAAUCGGCUCCAGGAGCUUCCUGCGACGCUGUUCCAGGGCCUCACACACCUGGAGCUGCUGCUGCUCAACCAGAACCAGCUCCGGUUCCUCCCCGCGGGCCUGCUCGACAGGAGGACAGCCCCUUUUCACACCGUUCUAACAGGGAACCCCUGGAGGUGUGACGGAAACAUGGAGUAUCUGUGGAAGUGGCUCCGGGAAAAUCCUCGCAGUGUCUUCUUCCUGGAUGAGGUGACGUGUGACGGCCCAGAAACACUGAAGCUUGAACCAGUGUUUUCUUUAACAGCCCCGCAGCUGGGUCUGAUCCAAAUAUAA